AUGUCAAUGACUACCAAGACCUCGAAGGAAAACCCAGAGAUUAAGCUAUCAGCGCACAAGGAUGACGAUGCUCAGACCUGUGGAUCUCAAGAAAGCUUGAUUGAUUUUAAGCAAUUGGCUGAGGAUAUUAGGGACAAUACUGUCUUAAUAAAGAUCUCAUUCAGGAAAUCCCACAGGUAUCUUGACGACUCUCCUAAAUCAAUGAAGGAACUUAAGAAGCAAAUUGAGACCAUAUUUGACACCAAGUUUGAAAGAAAAUGGCGAAUGUUUUACUUCGACUCACAAUCUGACAGGAUCGAUGUCACUAAGAACAGAGACCUGAAAACAGCUUAUAAAGUAGGUUCCAACAAGAAGGAUAAAGUCUUGAAAAUCUUUGUUUGGGACAAAGAAGGGCCGCUUCCUGAACACAAGGACACCAAGAAGACUACCUUUGUAGAUAGUGCCUUAGAGCAAAAGAAGAUGAUUGAUAACAUGCAUCAGCAGAACUUGCCUCCUUAUUCAUCAGCUCCUAAGGAAUAUGUAAUCAAGAAAGCUCCAGACGAGCCUACCAGGCCAACAUUGGACAAGAUGCGUGAGAAUAGUAUCCAUCCCCAAUUUUUUAUUAAGGAGGAAUCUAAGACACAGACCCAGCCAGAGUUUGACCUAAUGAAGCUCCAGAUGUUAUCCAAGGAAGACAUGAACUAUCUGUCUACACUGAAACAUAGAAUAGUUGAAGUGAUCAAAGUAAGAGAAGAUGUUCCAUUCGAAGAGAUAGAAUCAGAGUUUGCUCAGGACCAGAAUUACCAGCGGCUCAAAGAAAUCGCAAGUGACUUCAUUCAUCAUAUUAUUGCUAAAACAAAGGAGAAAGUAAGGAUGAUUAGAAAGACAGAAGUUCUGCCUGAUAUGAAGCCGAGCAUUUCUGCAUUGAUGCCUCAACCCAGGUUUGACCCUAACUUGGUUGUGACCUCUGCUAGGACUUCUGAUGAUAAGAACUUCGGUAGAGCUUUCUUCAGCUGAAGAAUAGGGUCUUCAUUUAGAUCAUUUGCUUUCUUUGUUUCAGAAUUUGAAAUCAAGGCACUGAAAUCUAAUAAAAAUACUGGUCAGAAUUUGUACCUGGAGACUUGAUUAGAAUGCUCAGAGGGAGUUUAUAAGGAAGCACUGACUUUGAAAAUACUCGACUUUAAUUGCAAAGUGUAUCUUCCGAUUGUCCACUGUGUUAUCGAGGAGCCUUGUAAAGAGUCAUACUUGACUUUCUUCAACUGGUGUAGGCAAGAACUUGGGACAUUUCUGACACCUAAGACGAUUAUUGUAGACUUCAAGUAUGAUCUUUUCCAAGCGGUGAAGGAGGCAUAUCACAACAUUCAAGUUGUAGUAUGCUUCAACAAAAUGACUAAGAAAUUUUAUCAAUUAGCAGAGCAGUAUCAUCUUAUCCAAGAAAAGUUAGUAGCAGAGAGAGUUCGGAGGCUGAUUUUAGCAUUAAAAUGUCUAGCAUUCUCUAUCCCAGGAGGAGUUAAAGACAUAUUUGAGAAAAUUCGAGGGGAGCAUAGCAAAGAAUUCAUGGAUCUUCAGGAGCAAUAUGGUUCGUUCAUGUCCUAUAUCAAUACUACUUAUUGUGAUAGGUUCAGUAAGAUUGAUUGGUGGAAUCAAAAUCACGCAAAAUUGGUAUUUCCUGAAGAGAUUAAGUUAGCAAGCCACAGUGAUGAAAUACUAAGUCCAGUGUAUGCUAAAUACAGUCAGGAAUUGUAUAACGCACAAAAUCCAGGUGAGAACAACAUUCAGAGGUAUAUUACAGCCCUUCAAGGAGUGGAAAAGGCCACCUCGCAAGACAUUUACAACAAAUAUGCUCCUGAGGAAGGCAAAGAAGUUCAGAUUGAAGCCCGGCCUUUUACGAAGACAAUGAAAGCUCUUAUGGAAGAAGAACUUGACAAGAUCUUUAAUUGUGAAGAAAAUAAUGAAGGUCUCUGAGAUACCGCCCAAGCACUAGAGACUAUCGGACUAAAGCUUGAAGUUACAGAAAAAGGCAAGGAGGAAUUCAAGCCAGAAUGUGACCUUAAUCCAUGCGAAGAGGAAACUACUGGUCAAAAUUAA